AUGCCUUUUAACAACUUCCAACUCCGCCCUGCCGUAGUGUUCAAAAAUCAAGGAUUCCGCAGUACCAUUGUUCACAAUAGGUACCUUUGCAGUUUCCAAGACCGGUCCAUCUAUCCAUCAUUCACCAUCCAUCCUUCCGCUUUCACCAAACAGCUUUAUGUUAAUCUUCGGCGUAGACGGGGAGCUGAUUCCCAUUCUUUCACCACUCUCGUGCAUGAUCAUGAGGUUACUGUCACCCCUGAUCUGCUCGCCUUUUUCCUUGCUUUGCCUCACUCCGGACUUCAGGCUGGUCGCCUUCCUGAUGAUCUGACAGUCUUCCACUUCUUUAUCACCCGAUGCUUCCUUCCUCGUGACAUAUCCAGUGUCACGAUCCUUCACACCACUGACCUCUGGAUCAUGUCCAACUCUCGUGCCCGCCAGCCUAUCAGUUAUGCCUCACUUGUGUUUGCACACAUGAUCAGUUUUGGCAACUGUAGUUAUAGUGGACCUAUUCCUUUUGGUCCACUCAUCACUCGCUACCUUUAUCGUCUCGGAAUCGAUCUCCGAGACAAGGUUGCUAUCUGCAAUAUCCAUGAUGAUCUGCGUCCUAAUCAUGUGUUAAAUCGGCUGGAUGCCGACGUUGGUAGCCGUAAGCUUAUCUCUGGAUCAGGGGGAGUAGCUGCUUCCGUGUUCUCUGCAAAUGAUGCCACCAGUGGCUUGGUUGCAGGACUGACUCAAGCUGUUGUUACAACAGUGGAAAAUGAGAUCAAACGCGGGAAGGAGGCUGGAAGUGCCUCGACUACCAAACUUCAAGUGUGCAAAGAAAGUUUAGAACUCUUGGAAACUGAUGAAGCUAUGCCUGCUCCUGAUAACUUUGAUCCUAUAUCCUCCGACUCGGGCUCUGAAGAUGAUAUCUCAGACUACGAGUCACCUCCCAACUAUCCUUUCUAG